UUAUUUUGCGUCAAAAUGAAAUUUGCGCUAGUAGUUGCGAUUGUAGCAUUAGCUACCAGUAUUUAUGCUUCACCACAAGAAGGAUAUUCAACAAAAUACGAUAAUAUUGAUUUGGAUUCGAUUCUUAAUAAUAAUCGAUUAUUGGAUGCUUACAUUACAUGUUUGCUAGGAAAUGGAAAAUGUACUCCAGAAGGUGUAGAAUUAAAAAAAUAUUUUAAAGAUGGUAUUGAAACUUGCUGCAGUAAAUGUUCUGAUAAACAAAAGAAAGGAUCGAAAAAGAUAAUCAGCGACUUAAAAAUGAAUAAACCUGAAAAAUUGGCAGAAAUCAAAGCUAAAUUUGAUCCAACUGGUGAAUACGAAAAAGCAUGCAGAAAACAAUUAUCAUUUAGUUUGGGUAAAAGAACCUUUGUUACUGAUUAUUUAUACAAAUUUUGUUGCAACAAUCUAAAAAAAAAAAUGAAAUACGCAGUAGUGUUUGUGUUUGUAGCAUUAGCUACCAUUGUUUACGCUUUACCUAAGCCAGACGAAGAUAAAUAUCCAACGAAAUACGAUAGUAUCGAUAUUGAUUCAAUUCUAUCGAAUGAACGAUUAUUACAAAAUUAUAUUGAUUGUAUUGAAGGUGCUGGAAAAUGUACCGCGGAAGGUGAAGAAUUAAAAAAACAUUUUGGAGACGCUCUUGAAACGUGCUGUUCAAAAUGUUCAGACAAACAAAAGGAAGGAGUCAAGAAAGUAUUCGCCCAUUUGGAAAAAGAAAAACCAGACAAAUUAAAAGAACUCAAAGCCAAAUAUGAUCCAGAAGGUACCAAGGAAAAAGAAUGCAAAGACAAAAUUAAAGCUUAAAAAAUUUAACUACAAAAAUUUAACUGUCGAUAAUAAAUUGAUUUAGUGUUCAAUUCUAAAAUGUACCUUUUCUAUUGUUAAAAAAAAUUCGAGUUAAUCUUAAAUAAAAAUUUAUUUUCCUG